AUGAGACAAGACCAAGCACUAAGCCAAAAAGUCGGCUUGCUAAAAGGCAUGAGCAUCUAUAAAUUUUUUAGAGUGAUUUAUGGUUAUCGGGAGAAUGGUGAGCCUUUUAUUGUUGCCAAAGUCCAAAAACCGCAAGUAAGUUCCAAAGUCUUUAUCAAUAACGAUUAUGGCUUCACCGAAGAAGUGGAAAAAGAAUUCUCCGAUUAUUUUGACAAAGAUUUAAAGUUAAAAAAGAAAGUGCGAAAAAUUUUCCCCAAAGCAAAAUCAAACAAAACCAAUUCUGAAAACCUUGCGAUACUAGCGAAGACGCUAUUUGAAUCCAAGGUCAAGGUUGAAAACUCCACUGUCCUAUCCGUCAAGACCACCACACCGAACCCAUUAUCAGAUUAUGCCGAUGUGCGGGGCAGAUAUAAGAUACCCGAAGAGCCUGCCAAUUAUUUUGUCGAUGAAGUGAAUGUUUAUUUUCGCGGCACUGAAUACUUAAAAAACCGCAAGGUUAAUUCAGGUAUUUACACCCCUUUAUUUUUGCCCUGGUGUUCGGUGUUAAGAAUUGAAGCCUAUGAAGACCUUAAAUUAGCGGAGGAAUGGUCCUCUAACAUGGCCCCUUACCAAAAAGGCGGUUUUUUUAGUCUGUUUAGUGGUGGUGAUUACGACCAAGCCAAAAAAAGACUGAAUAUUAAAGAAUACAAAAUUUUCCUCCAAAAGAAAGAUUUUCAAAAUUAUGACACUAAAUUCUUUAAAGCCUUAUUGCCGUUAUUAAACAAGAAUAGAAAAGAAUUUAAAGUUCCCCCAGGAAAAAUCCCUGUCCCUAAUGCCUUAAAAGACGUUAUCAAGGAUGAAUUCUUUAUCGUGGAAGAAAAACCAACUCCUACUUUCUGA